UCCUACCCUGGAAGGGUCUUGGGGGUGGGGAUGAGGGACACUACGUCAACAUUGCUGCCCCCUGUGGCUCUCCCGGGAGAGCUAGCCACCCUGGGUCGGGCCACCAAGAUAGGAGAGGCGGGACAAAGCAACAGCAGCGCUCUGGUGGAUCCACCCGGACGUGCUAUCCCGGGGUCUCCGGGCCUGUAAGGCCGCAAGGUCGCUGUGGGUCCGUACCCCUCGCAGGCUGUCGGGGUCCGGGCAGGGGCGGGGCUCGCCUCGCGUUUCCGGGAGGAGCGGCCGGUCUGCGGCAGGUGCGGCGGCGCGGCUCGCAGCACCUACUAGAGUCAAGACCUGCACCUAUGGCCAGUCCUGGGCAGCCUGGGCCCGGGGAGGGCCAGGAGGACGAGGACACAAAGGGAGUCUCGGCAGGGCACCGGGCAGAGGUGCUACAGCAGGCCCAGGAGCUCUUUCUACUGUGUGACAGGGAUGCCAAGGGCUUCAUCACUAGGCAGGACUUGCAGGGCCUACAGAAUGAUCUUCCCCUUACACCUGAGCAGCUGGAGGCUGUAUUUGAAAGCCUGGAUCAGGCCCACACUGGCUUCCUCACAGCCCGGGAGUUCUGCCUAGGCCUGGGAAAGUUUGUGGGGGUGGAGUCGGCCCAAGGUGGGUCCUCCUUGAGGACUCCUGAGGAAACCUUUGAGUCAAGCACAGGGGGCUCUCUGGAGGAGGACGACGAUGUCGAGACAUUCUGCGCUUCCUUAGAGAAGCUGGGAGUGGCCCGGGUCCUGGGCGAGCAAUGGGCUGUGAGGACACUCUGGGUCAGGCUACAGCGCGAGCGACCCGAGCUGCUGGGCUCCCUGGAGGAAGUUCUGGUGCGUGCGUCGGCCUGCCUGGAGGCGGCGGCCCGGGAGCGCGACGGUUUGGAGCAGGCGCUGCGGCGGCGGGAGAGUGAGCACGAGAGGGAGGUGCGCGGACUUUACGAAGAGCUGGAGCAGCAGCUGGGGGAGCAGCGACGGCGCGGGCACUGCCAGAAACUACCCCGGGAGGAACAGAGGGGCCACCUGGAGCUGGAGCUGCAGACGCGCGAGCAGGAGCUGGAGCGCGCAGGCCUGCGGCAGCGGGAACUGGAACUGCAGCUGCAGGCCCGGACUGAAGAACAGUUAGAGGUACAGGCCCAGCACACCCAGCUGCGUAGGGCCUAUGAGGCGAUACGGACACAGCUGGACCAGGCGCAAGAGCAGCUCAUUCGACUGGAGGGCGAAGCCCAGAGUCGUCAGGAACAAACCCAAAGAGAUGUGGUUGCUGUCUCCAGGAACAUGCAGAAAGAGAAAAUCAGCCUCCUAAGGCAGCUGGAGCUGCUGAGGGAGCUGAAUCUGCGCCUUCGAGAUGAGAGAGAUGCCUGUGAGACCAAGCUGCUGGGCAGUAGCCACAGGAAGACUCUAGCUAUUGCCCACAAGCCUGGGCCCACCUACUGCUGCUGCUGCUGUGGCUGGGCUCGGCCCCCCAGACGAGGCUCUGGCCAUCUUCCUAGUGCCCGAUGACCAGCCCAAAUGACUCAUUAGGCCUUCCUUAUCUAGAGGAGGUACUCCUAGAAGGUCGUGGGUGGUGGUUGCCUGCUAAGUAUGUGGCUCUAGGCAGAAAGCAUCACCUGCCUGAAGGAACUAACCUCUGAGUGGUCAAGGUCUUCAGUCUCCAGCCCGUUUUCAUCUCUGUUUAGCGGACCAAUAAAGGCCACUGAGUACUGUGCACACUCCUUGCCUUUUGUGUGUCUGGGAGGCCCAGUGCAUUUUUGGUUCGUGCUUGGUGUCCGUGG